AUGAGUCAGCUGUUGAGUUUUCAAAGUUGAAGUGCAUGAGAAGAAGAGCAGAAACUAUUGGGUUGAAAACUAUUUAGUAUUUGUGUUCAUUUUGCUUUGUUCCGCCCAAUUGUGCAGUUGAUAGUGCGCUCUAUAUAUCGAUAUUUAGAAUACGAUGGGAGACAGUUCUGAUGAUGAAAAUCUGGGCACCGAUUGGUUGCCGUACAGUGAGCGCGAUGACUGGGCCGAUGUGACGCCGUUGCCGCAGGAUGAUGGCCCCAAUCCCGUCGUGUCCAUAACUUAUAGCCCCAAGUUUCGAGAAGUGUUCGAUUAUAUGCGCGCCAUUAUCGCCAAAGGGGAAAAGUCGCAACGUGCAUUGGAUCUGACCACGGAAGCACUACGUCUUAAUCCGGCCAAUUAUACGGUGUGGCAAUAUAGGCGUGAUAUAUUGCGGGAACUGGAUGCUAAUUUGCAGGAUGAACUGAACUAUCUGGACGAAGUGAUCGGACAGAAUGCGAAAAACUAUCAAGUGUGGCAUCACAGACGUGUUAUUGUCGAAAUGAUGAACUGCCCCCAAUGGGAGCUGGAGCUGACAGAAAAUGCGCUUAACAACGAUGGCAAUGCCAAAAACUAUCAUGCCUGGCAGCAUCGCCAAUGGGCCAUACGUACAUUCAACCUUUACGAUGAAGAGUUGGAGUUUGUGAAUCGUUUGAUUUGCGAGGAUCAACGCAACAAUUCAGCCUGGAAUCAGCGCUUCUUUGUGGUUAAGCAUUUGGGAUUCACCCCGGAAGCUAUUGAACGGGAGCUCACCUAUACAAUGAAUCGCAUACGUAUUAUUAAAAACAACGAAAGUGCCUGGAAUUACUUGGUCGGCGUGCUGCGACAAACCGAGAGUGGACAGCUAAACAGCCAUCCGGAAGUGGUGCAGUUCAGCGAGGGGCUCUACAAUGCCGGCAAUCGUUCGCCUUAUCUGUUGGCAUUCCUAAUAGACUUGUACCAGGAGCAGGCGCUUAAGGCUCCCGGUGCCAGUGAUAACAACCAAUUGGCACAAAAGGUCUAUACACUCUGCGAUGAUAUGUCCACCAAACACGAUGUCAUAAGGCGCAAAUACUGGAAAUAUGUGGCUGAACAUUUGAAGACUCAACUAAGCAAGUCUACGGAAGCGAAGGAGCCAUAAGCAGAAGCCAUCAGGUGGCAUCUUUGGUCACUUUGUUUAAAUUGUAACUAUGUACGUACCGCUGACCUUCUUUGUAAACAAAAUACAUACCAGAUUAGACCAUACAAUGUCAAAACGAGAAA